CAUAUCGCUUCAGCCAUGUCAAGCUACUGCUUAAAACUAACAGUAUGACAAAGGAGGGGCAGCCAGAACAACGGCCUGUGGAACAAAAGGUUCCAAAUAAACUCCAGAUCACAAGGACGGAGAAACAGAAAGUGGAGCACGUGGUCCCACAAUCAACACUUACGUCUAUUGUGAAUCCAAAUGAGGCCCCAACUACUAGUAGAGCCGCCAUUCAAAAAAGGCUUUGGAUGCGGCCACCUGUGGGUGGAGCAUCAACAACUUCAAAAGAGCGCCAGAAGGAAAAAGGGCCACGAAGAGCUCGACUUCAAAAGGAAGUCGAACGCUCUCUCAAUAAAACUCAACAAAAAUGAGCACCAUAGGGGUGUUACAGGCGAACCUGCACCACGCGAAAGGAGCAUCGGCUACCUUGUGCAGGACCUUCGCCACAAAAGGACUGGCCAUAGCGCUUAUCCAGGAGCCAUGGACAGUCGGUGGGCAUAUAAAAGGCCUUCAACAUCAAUCAAAUUUCAUCCAGAGGGACUUGGUGUCGGCCAUUUUUGAGAUCCCGACGGAGUGCGGAACACGAGAGAUCGUGAUCGCAUCGGCCUACUUUCCAGGCGAUGCAGAUGAAGCACCACCUGAAGCAGUCACAAACUUGGUAAGUUAUUGCAAAUCCAAUAAUUUACAAUUUAUAAUUGGUUGCGACGCAAACGCGCACCAUACCUUAUGGGGUAGUACUAACAUAAAUAGAAGAGGGCAAAUGCUUUUAGAAUACUUUAGUAGUAAUAACGUCAGCAUAUUGAACAAUGGUUCUGAACCCACUUUUAUUAAUGCCAUUAGAAGAGAGGUUCUUGACCUUACUCUUUCUAGUCAAUUUAUCUCCAAUUAUGUUGUUAAUUGGAGGGUCUCAAAGGAGGUUUCUUUAUCUGACCACCAACA